AGAAUCCCACCCACUUUUUCACUUUUUUUCUCCUCCCUCUUUUUGUCGCUCUGUUUCCUCCCACAGCUGUGCAGCACAACUAAAUAACACAUUCACUAUACACGCACAUUCUUGUACUUGCACGCCAAUUUCACACCGCCUGUCACAUUAAUUGUGCCUCAAUAUUUCCCGCCAUGAAACACUCUACUCUUCUCUUGCUGUUGGCUUUCGUCAGUGCCUCAGUCAUCAACUCCACUGAGGCUGCUCCAUUCUCGCGCAUCUUAGCCUCACACCAGCCCGCCACCGCCUCUCAGGAACCCCAACUCGAUACCAAACAACAAUCACAGCCCUCCCCCGCUGGACGUAUCCGACUCAAGUCUCGGUCUCAUCCUUCCUCUGCCUCCUCCCCUUCUCAGCCACAUCACGUGCGCUCAACAAAGAUCGACAAGCUCCUCUCAGAACCCGUAGUGGCCGCUUCAUGGUACCACCGCACAUCAACUCGCUCUCUCCGCCAGCUCACGGCCGCGAGCAAUCUCCAGGGCCACGCUAUUAUGGAUGAAGAGGACGACGAUGCCGGAAACGAGCUGUUGGAUACUGAAACCGAGGGAUUGGUCCGCCCCGAUGAGGACGAUACUAUCGAGGGUGAGAUCUUGGAGGAGGAGGAAGACGACGAGGAGGACGAUGGUGAGGACGAGGACCAGGAGGAGUCCCAGGUCCAAAUUACUCUCGAGAAGAAGAUCGCGGCUGUUGAGGAGAAGGAGGGUUGGUUGAGGGAGAACGGUCUCCAGGAUGGGGAUUUGGUCCCCGAAGAAUUGGAGGAUGAGGAGGAUGAGGUUGAGGCGGUGGUGACGGCCUAUGGUGGUCGCUCUGCCGCUGCCGACUUGGCUGCCGGCGGUAUCUAAGGAGGAAGACUCUUUUUUUUUUCCCUUCACUUUUGAAGUCCUUGAGGACAUCCACCCCACUCCCGGACCAUUUGUAAAUAUCGAACUCGUGCAUUUUACACUCACAUGCGACAUACACUAUACACAGCAUAUACACGAUAACCGUUAGGGGGAAGCAACCUUGUACAAACAGACUUCCUUCUCCGCACAUAUCUUUUUAUUCACUUUGCCGCCACCAUAUAAACAAUAGAGAUUGAAUAAAUACAUGUAAACAAGAA